UCAUAUCUGUUUGACUGUUGACAAUUGACAUACCUACCUAAAGGCUUGGGAUUGGGAAAGAUUUAUUCUUCAACUUUUUAAUUCGAUUUUUGCAAAGGGAUUUGCAUUCGUAUACAUUGCAUUUACAGCAUUUUGCAGUUAUUUAUUCGUGAAGUCACAGUUGCAAAGUAUUACCUUAAAAUUAAUUUGUAGAAAUGGCGGAUGGAGUACAAAUACUGAGACGCAAUCGUCCGGGAUCUAAGGCGAAGGAUUUCUGCCGAUGGCCUGAUCAACCGUUUGAAGAAAUGGACAAUACUCUCGCUGUUCAACAAUUAAUUCAACAAACAAUUCGCCGCGAUCCCUCAAAUUUAGAGGCUAUUUUAAAAAUGCCAGAAGCUCAAGAAGAAGGUGUUUGGAAAUAUGAGCAUUUGAGACAGUUCUGUAUGGAGCUGAAUGGUUUGACAGUAAGACUGCAAAGUGAGUGUAAACCAGAAACAUGCACUCAAAUGACUGCAACAGAACAGUGGAUAUUCCUUUGUGCUGCACAUAAAACACCAAAAGAAUGUCCGGCCAUUGAUUACACAAGGCACACACUAGAUGGUGCUGCUUGUCUACUAAAUAGCAACAAGUAUUUUCCAAGCAGAGUAAGUAUCAGAGAUUCAUCUGUUGGCAAAUUGGGAUCUGUAUGUAGAAGAGUGUACAGAAUAUUCUCUCAUGCUUAUUUCCACCACCGUGCAAUAUUUGAUGCUUUUGAGAAAGAAACACACCUCUGUAAACGAUUUACAUACUUUGUUACUAAGUACUCUAUAAUAUCAAAAGAAAUUUUAAUUCUUCCAAAGCUUGAUGAUGAGACCCCAAUAAAUCAGCCUGUUGGUGAAUCUGAAGCUUAAAAUCAAGUAUUUUUGAUGAUGUUUGAAAAGUUUCUUAUAGAAACACUAUCAUUUACUUUUAGCAUAAAAAUUGGUUGUCUAUAAAGUCGGUUUACUGACGAUAGUUGAACGUGACAACGAUUGUGCUUCUUUGUCGCUCGUUCCGCGCUCUCGCUUGCACUUCAAGCCUUACAUGGAACGCCUCAGAGCGAGGUAACGCCACAUGAGUCAUGUUUUUUCGUGCGUGCAGCCAGCUCUAUCGAAUUAUAAGACGUUGUCACGUCAAAAAUACCAGUUCUAUUUAUUACACUUUGACGAUUCUAAUGAUGGUGACUGUUAUUUGAUUAGAAUUAAUGUAAAAUUAAGGUAUGAAAUAUGUUUUCCUUGUAUGUGUAUAUGUGACAGCUGGCUUGUGAAGAGUUAAAUCUGUAGUGUCUUGCAAUAUGAACAAUCACAUUAUAUUGGUUUUAAGUAAUACUAAACCAUUUAUAGUAGAAUGCUUUCAUAUUAUGUUAGAUAGAUUAUAAGUUCAGUUUUUAAAAUAUUGUUAAUGUAUGUACAUUUUAUGUAUUACAACAUCAAGCAGAAAAUUUAAAUAUUAUAUAUGUAAUCAGAAGCUGUAAGCACAAAACAUGAUAAAACAGUAACAAAAUUAAUAUUGAUCAUGUAAUAGCAACGCAACUUCCCAUAGAGUUGAUGGGAGAGACAAAAUAGUUGCGGAGACAAAAGUUGCUCUUGCGCGCUAGCUCUAACAGAUUAAAAAGUUCAUGAAAAACAUCAAGGAUAUUAUUUUAUUUAAAAAAUAUCUUUAAAUGGAAAAGUGUUUGUUCAAAAAUAUAAUCAUCUAUUAAUAACUACAUGAUGUAUGUAUUCAUAAUAAUAUAGAAAUGGUAGAAGCAUAAAAAUGUACUUGAAUAAAAAUCUUUUUAUGAGCUCUCAUAUUUAUUGAUAUAAAUUAUAAUAUAAAAUUUACUGUAAGUCAAUAAAACACAUUUAAAAAGAA